UCAUGUUCUUGCCCCAGCAGAGCCGCCUGACUGUGCCUGUGGCUGGGAGUGUGUGAUCCAGAAAGCAUGUGGCUCUCACACCAGAGCCUACCGCUGCUGCUGCUAACGACCCAGCGCAGCGGUGGCCCCUGGUUAGGCCGCCACAAGGACGCCUGCCAUGCCCCAGCUUCCCCCCUUUUCUCGUCGCCUUGGCUGUGUGCGCUGCCGUCCGCCAGCCUACCCAACUGCUCUGGUCGCACAAGGCACAUGGCAAGCCAUGGAGGUGAGUCGUCGCCGCGACCGACCUGGGAGAAAAGCACUUCACCAGUGGGUGCGAGCCGGUACCUGCGAAGCCUGCGGUGGAUGCCCAUUCCAUUGGGGCUUGGUGUUGCCUGCUGCCUGGCCUACUUCAGGAGCCUACGUAGCAGUCAAGCAGGCGACGACAGCAGUCCACAGCCCGUCACCUCUGGCCUCAAAGUAUCAGUCUACCGGAUGCUGCCCCUGCGCAUGGCCUCUCGGUGGUGGGGCUGGGCCAAUGACAUAGAGCUGCCUGUGUGGCUGCGUGCACCAGUGCUGGGCCUCUUUGCGUGGGCCUUCAGGUGCGACGUGCACGAGGCUGAAGUCGAAGACCUGCGGCAGUAUCGAAAUCUGGGGGAGUUCUUCCGACGCUCACUCAAGCCGGGUCUUAGACCUCUCUGCCCAGGCGACUGCGUGGUUAGCCCAGCAGAUGGCACUGUUCUACAUUUCGGUCGCAUAGAGAAAGGUUUUGCAGAGCAGGUGAAAGGCAUCACCUACUCACUACCAAGGUUCCUUGGGCCUCAUCCCUGGGAUCCGCACUGUCUACACACUAAUGGUGAGGAGGAGUAUCACAAGAAACUUCUCCAGCAAAAGGACACAGAUUUGUAUCACUGCGUGGUGUACCUGGCCCCUGGCGACUAUCACCGUUUUCACUCCCCCGUGCAGUGGGAAGUGCAGCACCGGAGGCAUUUUCCAGGCACCCUUCUGAGUGUGCGACCAGGCGUAGUCAGCUGGAUAGCUGGCUUGUUCAAUAUGAAUGAGCGUGUAGUCUAUAUGGGUCGGUGGCGACAUGGAUUCUUCAGUAUGACUGCUGUUGGGGCUACCAACGUUGGUUCCAUCAAGGUUUACUUCGAUAAUAACCUCGUGACCAACCGACGGAAGUACAAGAAGCACAACUUCAACGACCAGUGCUUCCAGUCCAACCACAACUCCGAGGGCAUCCACGUCGAGAAGGGCGACCCCUUCGGCGAGUUCAAUCUGGGAUCCACCAUUGUGCUUAUCUUUGAGGCACCGCGGGACUUCUCGCUUGAGCUCAAGGAAGGCCAGCGCAUCAAGUACGGGGAGCUUAUCUGCCGACAGUCCAGCAACAGCAGCUGCCAAGAAGCACGGAGGACGUGAGGACGCAGCGUUCGCAACUUCGUUGUUUUUUUUUUCUUUCUUCAACACUCUUCAUCAUUGAAUUCCGUCUCACAGUGGGAGAUUGCGGCAGGCACGCUGCAAUCUUCGCAAGGUUGCCUGAAAAGUCCACAGAGGUGGUGCGAUGUUAUUUUUGCUAUUCUCACCGGUGCAGAGCCAGCGUCGCCCCAUUGUUGCACCAGUUGUGCACGGAGUGGUGCGAGGAGGUUUGUGAAUGCCCAUCUUGUGUGCAACUACUUUAUAUGCUGCACCGGGACUACUAGAACUACGUGUCAAUGUAGCAUUUGGUGGUGUCGUUUGCACUGUCUGUGUCACUGAUAUUUUUCUUUCGUAUAGGAAGAAAGUGCGAUUGAGAUAAGUGCAAUUAUGUUUUUGGCAAAGCGCAGCCUUCUAUUCAUUUCCUUGAUCGCUUUAUUUGUGCACGAACGAUCACGUGCGCACUGUUUCCAUUGCGUUGACCACGCAGAACGCUGUCAUAUUAUGUACCCAGGGUUCCUCAACACUUGCCCGGAAGAUACGCAAAUUAGGUGUUGAAAUUGUAAACACCACGAGAUGUAUUAAUGAUGCUAAAUGAUGUUGUCGAUGUACAGUGUUCUCGGUAAAUUAUGAUUGCAAGGUUUAAACGAUAUUGUACUCGGUACUAUAGAAAUCUACAAGGGUCUCGCUUCAAAUGUCAGUCAUGAUGUAGGCUUGCCUUAGUAUAUUUUGUUCACUCUUCGAGGACCGACGAAGUUAAGUGGACCCAUCUAUUUCUGUGUUAAAUUGAAUGGCCUUGGAGCAUGUGUAAAAAAUGAUUGUGCCGUUUUACUGUUCAAAUUAUGUUGCAUGUUGUGGACGUGUUAGGACCAUGAAAGAACUUGUGGCUGUUAACCUAGAAAGCUUUUUUUUUUCUUUUCUUUUUGUGUGAAACCUGCCUAUACAUAUCGGAACAACGAUUACAGUUGCACCGUAAAAGGGUCACUGUUUAAGCAUCGUAUUUGGAAGUUGAAAACUGAAUCAUCAAAGUGUAGGUAUGUGAUGUUAGUUAUACAGUCUACCCUGCUCACAUCGCAAAGCAGAAUGACUCAUAAAAGAUAUAGUGAAGUGUAAAGAUUGCCUCUUGGCUUGGUUUUAUCAUAUUUAUACGAUAUUUGGAAAUAGAAAAUUAACAUUUCUUCAGCACGAUUGCUCAUAUAGCAUACAACCCGGUUCAGUCGACGUGCUUUGCAUGCUGCGACACUCUUUCGGCUAGCAUUCCACGAAAGAACUUUCCCAGUUACAGUCUCCUGCUGAUGCUGCCAAUGGAAGGUUCGUUGUUAGUGCCAAGGAGUUUAUAGAGUUCAGUUUUCUUUGAAUUGUGUAGCAGGUACAGCUGUUUGAGAUUGCCAGUUUGUCACUCAUCUUACACAACACUGAACUCAAGCUAUCCAUGGGGUAUGACACGCACACGAGCGUGAUAUCAAGGCUUUUGAUAACGCUUUCCAUAGAUCCCUCACUAUAAUCCUUUUUUUUUUUUCCGUUUCGCUAGAUCGUUUAAACGAAAUGACAGUAGAAGGGACAAUCUCUUAACUGUCUGUGAUAUACUAGUGUUACGUCUGAACCUGCUGGCUGCACUGAAGUGUUCAGGCGCUCCUUUUUUUUUUCUUAACAUGUAUUAAGGCACUUUCUCUUUCAUUGUGUGCUUUUUGUUGUAUAGUUUUGUUCACUUUUGCUUGGGUGAUGCAUACUAUCUUUGUAUUGUACGUAAUGUGCAGCAACUACUGUUAAGCUUUCCAAACUGCAAAUUUGUUCAUAGUUUUAUUUUUAACUUAGACUGCUAAAUCUGUGACUUUUUCUGCACUUUCUCUCUCUCUCUUUGUGAUAGGGAGGAUGUGCAAAAGGCAUCUUUAUAGUCCCUCUCCUCAGCUUCCACAUCUCAAAUGUCAUCAUAACAGUAGUAUGUGACACUCAGCGAUAGUAUUGGACAUUGACAGCACCAUAGUAUCAUCAAGAGGAGAGUGAGCACAUCUAAAAAAUACAGAAAUGUUAAGUGUCCACCAGUGGCAUAUGUGGUGGUAGACGGGUGGCUGAAAAAGUCAUUGAACCUGAAUUUAUGCGCAAAUUGGUGCAAAUGAACUGCUGCGAGCACGUGACUAAAACGGCAGUUGCAUUGCACUAUCGUGGUCCGUACCACCUUACCAUGGUUCGCUAUUUUUCGGGUUGAUACGUGUAAAUGCAGUUGUCUUGUACUGUCACAUCAUGUUUACAUUUUUGGGCCACUUGUCUACACUCUCAUGCAACCUUCCGUGAUUUUAUCUCCUGUAGCAGCUGUUUCUACUCAAACGAUUGACUUAACUUUUUGUAAGAUGGAACCUGCUGGCGGUAGGUGGUUGCCAAUGAUUUAACCAAUGCAUGUUUGUGCAGCUUUAAAACUGUUCUUUCUUUUUUUAAGAACUGACAUUGCUUUUUCAUUAUGGCUUAUCAUACGCAAUUCGUGAAAGGAAAUGUUGUUCAUCCAAUUGUAGCAGAAUACCACCAUGGGCAGAUUUCUGCUUCCUCAUAAUUUUUUCGCCACAUAAAAUGAGCAGUUUCACAUUUAAACUGACAGCUUUUGAGCAAAAGCUGUUACAAUACAAUCAUUUGCACUUCCAAUCACCAUGAAAAAAAUCAAAGAUACCACUCAGUCAUGAGCUUAUAUUCAGCUUGCUAUCGAUGUGCACAAUUAUGUAGUUGUUUGUUGUUAAUGCUGUUUAAUUUUUUCUUUAUCAGUUAUCCUUUAGAUCUUUUUUUUUUUUUCGUUUUAGCUUGUCAUUUUUACAUGCAAAGCCUAAAAUAUGCAUUGUGUAUUUGCCAUAGUUCUUCAAAACUCUCUGUGCUUACUGGCUGUUACGACUCUUUGUUGCUGCUCUAGGUUACGUUUCAGUGGUUCAUUCCGGUGGCAAUUUGUUUUUCUCAUUAGAGCUAUGUCUGCCGUGCAAGUGUUUCGAGAAAUCUGUUUUUUGGGAGCAAGACUGAUAUCUUUUAUGACCUUAUUGAUUGAACAGAGAAAGGAGUGCUAGCUCUUGUAUUCUUAAACAUUUUGAAUGCAUAAAGUGUAGAUCAGUAUGGAAACUAGGCACAAGCCCUCGCAGUGCUUCACUAAGACUUCUGGAAUAUUCCCAAACUCUAACCUCAUGAUUGGGCACUUUCGGUGUCUACUCAAAGGCGUUACAGGGUAGAAGGCUGUUUUUUAAGUGUAUGCUCGCUGCAGGAAUCGCCGAGGAAUGUUACUGAAACGUGCUGAUUACAACUUCAGUCUAAUGGCAUAUGUGCAGUUCGGCCUGAAAAAUCAAAGCAGCAUGUUCAGUGGCACAAUCGUUCAAGAACACAGUGGAGGUAUUUCGCAUCGGGCUUGUACCUUGUGUUACAACGUUGGAAGCAGUAAGACCAAACCAGCUUAGAAAAAAAGAUAGACAGGUUUCAUUUUUGUUGUGGUUUGAGACCAGUCAAAGCCAAAGCAUAUCAACUUCCUGUUUGUUGUCAUCAUCGUAGCAUUUUGUAUUCAAUUUGUGACUGUGAGCCAAAAGAGAAAGUCAGCCAGUCUUUUUGUUGGAAUGUUGGUAUUGUGAUUGUUAGGCUUAGGUUCGUCUGUGGUUGCUGCGUUGCAUUUGUUAAAGCGCUGACGUCGUUUUGCGAGUUUCGCUGUAAUGCAGUUCGUCAAAUCGUGUGCUCCAGGGGUGCGUGAUUUCUUCACAGGCUAUCCUGCGAGAAUCUCAAGAUGACUUGUGGAGUAGGACAUGUUAAGUUUGCUUUCUUGAAGGGCAUUUUAAAAUAAUUUAAGGAUAGGUGCGCAUUUGUCAAAAAUGAAGAAGGCAUUUGUUCUGUUUGCUAGCCCAUUGCUUCUGUUGGUGUGCUCCGAAAAAGAUCACUGUGUUUUCGAGAGGUGCACAACAAAACCAGUUCUCCGUUUUAUUUAGACGUUGCGAUGAUUGUACAUUAUAAAAAGUAGACAAAGAGUGCCAGUGCUUUUGAUGUAGCUAUGCACGGUGAAAAAUAAUUGCUGCGGGGCAGUAUUUUUUUUUAAAUAUUAUUAGACCCUUGUGAAUGCAUUCGUCCGACUUUUGUAUCAAGUGUCUACCAUGCACCCGGUGUGGAAGUUAGUGUUUGGAGCCAAAAUGUCAAGAUGUACCACACUCGAAAGUGAUCGGCGGCCAUGCCACUUUCAUGUACACACGGUAAACUUUAAAUCUCAGAAGUUUUACCAUGUGCGCCGGCCCUUCCUGAAUGCUUGUCUCAUUGCAUUUUGUGUCACGCAAAAUCUCAGUGACUUGUAGUCAGCAGUUGCUAAGAGUUCCUGUGCUAAUGGACGAUGCCUCUGUGUUUUUUAGGGGCAGCAAAUGAACAUGCUAUGAAGUGCCUCUUUGUUUUCUAUACAUGUGUAGCCACUGUUUUACAUUUGUCAUGGUCAAGAUGUUUCUGUGUGAUGUUGUGAAACUCGGAGAGCGUCUCCAAUCAUUGUACACAGUAUUGCUUGUACGUCACAUGUCUGCGAAUGUCUUUCUGGUGCUGAGGCGGUUGUGCCCAGCGAGACCUGAGGCUGCUGUUGCAAGCAGACCAGUUUCUACGCAGUGUUUUAGUAGCAUUUUAAUAAAGUGCUGUUUUUUAAAAAUAUAA